CAUCAACAGGAGUUUGGAGGUCUACUGGUAGCAUGAAUAGCAUACGAUAUGGGCACGCAGCAUCGGUAUUAUCAAAUGGGGCAGUGUUAGUUAGUGGUUGUCAGAGUGGUAGUGGAGCUAUAAGUAGUACGGAGUUGUAUGACCCAUCAACAGGUGUUUGGAUGUUCACGGGUAGCAUGAAUAAUGCACGAUCUUGGCACACAGCAUCGGUAUUAUCAAAUGGGAUGGUGUUAGUUAGUGGUGGGAGCAAUAGUGGUGUUUAUUUAAACAGUGCAGAGUUGUAUGAUCCAUCAACAAGAGUUUGGAUGUCUACUGGUAGCAUGAAUAGCACACGAGCAUUUCAUACAGCAUCGGUAUUAUCAAAUGGGAUGGUGUUAGUUAGUGGUGGGAGCAAUGGUGUUUAUUUAAAUAGUGCGGAGUUGUAUGAUCCAUCAACAGGAGUUUGGAUGUCUACUGGUAGCAUGAAUAAUGCACGAUAUAGGCAUACAGCAUCGAUAUUAUCAAAUGGGACAGUGUUAGUUAGUGGUGGUCAGAAUAGUGGUGACUAUUUAAAUAGUACGGAGUUGUAUGACCCAUAA